UCGCCCCAUUCUUCAUCCACCGCUUCAUUAACAUUCUCUCUUAUCUUUCAUUCUCUUGCUUACAUCCUUUAGCUCAAGAGGGAGAGAAAGAUCAAGCAAAAAGAUGUUGGCAAUUGGAUUGGUUGUUGUAGCAUUGGUGGUGAUAUACUAUACUCACCUGCUUUUCAAAUGGAGAAGCCCAAAAAUUGAAGGAGUUCUCCCUCCAGGAUCCAUGGGCUGGCCCCUCAUUGGAGAAACUCUCCAGUUCAUCAUUCCUGGAAAAUCUCUAGACCUUCAUCCAUUCGUCAAGAAAAGGAUGCAAAAGUAUGGACCGAUCUUUAAAACCAGCUUGGUUGGAAGGCCAAUCAUUGUGUCCACUGACUAUGAAAUGAACAAGUACAUCUUGCAACACGAAGGAACCUUGGUUGAGCUAUGGUAUUUGGAUUCCUUUGCCAAAUUCUUCGCUCUUGAGGGUGAAACGAGGGUGAACGCAAUCGGUACAGUUCACAAAUACUUGAGAAGCAUAACUUUGAACCACUUUGGUGUUGAGAGCCUUAAAUCACUGCUUCCUAAAAUCGAAGACAUGCUUCACACCAACUUGGCAAAGUGGCCUUCUCAGGGACCUGUUGACGUCAAACAAGUUAUCUCUGUCAUGGUUUUCAAUUUUACUGCAAACAAAAUAUUUGGUUAUGAUGCCGAGAACUCAAAAGAGAAGCUCAGUGAGAAUUACACGAAGAUCUUGAACAGUUUCAUCUCCUUGCCUUUGAAUAUUCCUGGAACUUCGUUCCACAAGUGCAUGCAGGACCGAGAGAAGAUGUUGAAAAUGCUCAAGGAUACACUGAUGGAGAGGCUCAACGACCCAUCAAAGCGUCGGGGAGAUUUUCUUGAUCAAGCCAUUGAUGAUAUGAAGACUGAGAAGUUCUUGACUGUGGAUUUCAUCCCCCAACAAAUGUUCGGGAUCUUGUUUGCCAGCUUUGAAUCCAUGUCAACCACCCUAACUCUUACAUUCAAGUUUCUUACAGAGAACCCUCGAGUAGUUGAGGAAUUGAGAGCUGAGCAUGAGGCAAUUGUGAAGAAAAGGGAAAAUCCAAACUCCGGCCUCACAUGGGAUGAGUACCGAGCAAUGACUUUCACACAAAUGGUUGUCAAUGAAACACUUAGAAUCUCCAACAUCCCACCUGGUUUAUUCCGCAAGGCAUUGAAAGAUUUCCAGGUCAAAGGAUACACCGUCCCAGCUGGUUGGACAGUUAUGCUUGUUACCCCCGCUAUUCAGUUAAAUCCUGAUACAUUCAAGGACCCAGUUACAUUCAACCCAUGGCGCUGGAAGGACCUUGAUCAAGUUACUAUUUCCAAGAAUUUCAUGCCAUUUGGUGGGGGCACGAGACAAUGUGCUGGGGCAGAAUACAGCAAACUGGUCUUGUCCACUUUUCUGCAUGUCCUGGUCACUAGUUACAGUUUUACCAAAGUCAAGGGAGGAGACGUCUCUCGGACCCCUAUCAUUUCAUUUGGCGAUGGCAUCCAUAUUAAGUUCACUGCCAGGAAUUGAAGAAUUCUUUUCCCUUACCUGGAAGUGCAUGCUCUUAAUUACCUUCUCUUAUGUGCAACUUUUAUUUAAAUAAAAAUAAUGAUCCUCUCUAGUCAACGAAGGAGUCUCAAAAGUCACACCGUGAAGAGCACGCCGUUGAAUCCUUCUCUCUUGUAAAAUAUUGUAUGAUAUAUGAACUUUCCUGUAUAAGCUAAGUGUUCAAGCAAGGCAAUAAAAAAUCUAUUUCCCUCCC